AUGUACCAUGGCACGGAAUCAGAUUUAUUACGAUGCUUAGACAAAUACAUAACAGUUGAGAGUAAACCAACUGAUGUUGAUGCUGUAUUGAUUGAUGGUGCUGCAUUAGUAGAUACCUCAAAGAGGAUUGAUGUAAUCUGGGAUAUUUAUAUCGAUAAGAGCUUGAAGGCAAGUACAAGAGAAAAGAGGGGAAAAGGGAAAAGGAAAUUGGUAAGAGAAAACACCAGCAUUCCACGAAAUUGGAAUGACUUCUUGAGAGACUCGGAAAAUAAGAAUCAAUUGUUCGAUUUAAUUUCCAACCACCUCAAAGACAUGCCAUUACACGAGAAUACAGUAGUAUAUCAGCAUCAAGAGCAGGAUAUUUGGAUAGAGUUUGGUACGGGAAAGAAUAUGAAGUAUAUUUCUUGCGUAGAAAUUCCUGAUGAAUUGAAAGAGAAAUGCCUGGGUCUGCCAAUGUUUCACGCUUUCACUGGGUGCGAUGUAACAUCAGCCUUCUUCGGAAAAGGAAAAAGAAAAUGUUAG